AUGUGUGCUUCGGUUUGUGUGAUUGUGACGGUGCCUACGGAGGAGGAGGAGCGCCGUUUGCAUACAUGUCGCUGUCGCUGCGGUCGCAGCUAUAUUCGACGGGACUAUGUGCGCUGUCGCUCCGAGAGCGGAACUGGGGACGAGUUCGACGGGGCUUGCAAUAUGACGAUGUGUGAGCACUGCUGGCGUCUGACGCAGCUCGAUCUGGCCUCGAUGUAUGGCAAGUAUGGUCGGGCCUAUGCCACGCCGAUGAGCGGGGUCAGCACGGAGUCGAAGCCGCCUAAGGUUGUGACCAAAACUACUGGUUUGAUUGGCACCACCACUAGCACCGGUAGCAGUGGCAUUGGUCGUGGCGAUGAUGAGGCAUCAGUGGCACGGCCUGAGCGCUGCCGACGAACUCGUACUCUGCGGCUAGGCCUGAGCGAUGGUACACCCUUGGAGGUGGUGUUGCGCACCAUUGUGGAGCAGCUGCAUCUGGAGAAUGUGUUCUGGUCGAAGGACGUCGAGGGGCGGCAUCUACAAGCGCGCUUUAACAUGCAGAUGGAUGAGCGGUACGAGUGCCUGCUCUGCACUCUCCAGGACUGGGGCGUUGGCGAACGCUUGGGCACCCGAGUGGAGGCAAUGAACUGCUUGGACACGCGAGCUUAUGCGCAACAGCCCUCUAGCCAGGGCCUGGAGAGCACUACAUGGGAAACGUUCAUGGACUCGGUGCGCUGUCGCUUGAAUGUGAAUCAGGUGGUGCGGCAGGUGAGCCGUGAUGCCACUCUGACCUUUGACUUUGUGGUGCUGCUAAUUGCCGCGGCUCUACUGGCGUGUGUAGGUCUGGUCGAAGAUAGUUUUCUGUUCAUGUCGUCGAGCAUGCUGAUCUCCCCACUGAUGGGGCCUAUCAUUGCGGGUGUGUUUGGCACGGUUAUUGGGGAUCAUAACCUUCGCUGGCUUGGAAUGAAGAACGAACUAUUCGGCAUAGCCAUCGCUGCUACCAUUGGAUUUAUUUUUGGCGGCGUAGUGUGCGUCAUGGGUCACUUUUUCGCGAUAUCUCGUGGUCUUACCGCCGAGAUUCUCUCUCGUUGCGACACCCACUCUCUGGCUAUGGGAAUUUUUACUGCAUUGGCUUCGGGAGCUGCGGGCGCCAUCGGAAUUCUGGGCGGCAAUACGGGAUCGUUGGUAGGUGUUGCCAUUUCUGCUUCCUUGCUACCACCGGCAGUCAAUUCAGGCCUACUAUGGGCGCUAGCAACGGGCACACGACUAAUGGGGCCGGAGAGCGCGCUACUCCAGAGCCUGGCCAAGCACGCCCAGUAUUCCAAGCAUCUACCCAUUGAGCUGUUUGUCUGCGCCUCCAUAAGCAUGGGUCUGACGCUGCUCAACAUUGUCUGUGUGUGGCUUAUGGGAGUGGUGGUGCUGCGCAUUAAGGAGGUGGCUCCAGCGGUGCGUCGGAACCAUCAGUUCUGGCGCCAUGAUGUCAAAAUAGCGCGCGAAUGUGCACACCACGAUCCCGCCUUGCAGGAUGCGAUCGAUCGUUUGGACCGCCAAAAGAAACUGGACCAGGAGGGUGAGCUGGACCUGAACGCUCCUCAGUACCAGCAUACGUGGUCGCCAGGCACGCGACACGUACUUGAGCCGCAAGCCACUGCGGCAGCCGCCACGUGCUCGGCGCAGGGCAAUAAUUAUCACACAGUGCACGGAUUCCAGGAGUUCUGUAUCACGUUGCACAAGUUAAACAACCCCGGGCGUUUUUCGCAGGGUAGCGGUGGCGGCCGUAGUCGUGACGGCCGUAGCCGUGACGUUCCAGAGUCCCUAUGCCGUUCGCUGCCGGCGGACGCACGAUCCACAACACCCGCACACCCCAUCUCGGUGAUGGAGCUCUUUGCUCAGGGACCCAAGGGAGUCACGCCGACAGCCAUAGCCGAAGACACCCUCAGCCUGCAGCUGGAGGGUCAGCAGGAGGCGACCAGUUAUCGGAGCAUGCCCGACCUGAGCUUCAACUCCCCCGUAAAGCUCUGGUCUCCGGGAAAAAAGGAGUUCCAGUUGUUGCAAUUGCCACAGGACAUGCAACGCUCCGCCAGUUCAUCAUCAGAUCGCAUUGGACGCAGUCAUGAGCGCAAGCGUAGCGUCCACUGGAGCUUUGCCAGCGAGCAUGAAACAGAGGAUGAAUUUCCAGUGGCGCUACCGCCGGCUCCGUCGUGCCUGGAAGUGGCGCACGUGAGCAGCCUCAGCACUUCGCAGCUGCCGAGCAAUAGUCCCGAGGCCUUGAAGCGCAAUACGGGGCAAGUUCUGCUGCCUUUGCCACAGCCGGUGCCCAUGGCUGUGUCCAUGUCGGAGCUGGACUCGCUGCUGCCCAAUCGUCGUCUCCGACUGCUGCACGAAAACGAGGCGAACGUCCCGGAAAACAACAACUACAGCAACGUCAGCAAUGAACUGGUCAACGAGUGCGAUGAAUACCAAGCCUAG